GGGGGCUCCAAAGACCUCAUGUUUUGGGUGGCUCUGGAGCGGAGACCAUCCCAGUGCACCGUGAAAAACGAGCCGUUGCGGGGUUUCUCUUGGUUGUCCCUCGACGUCGGCGGGUCGGAAAACGAAACGCUGCAGUGGGCGCAGGAGCCCCAGCCCUCCUGCACGUCGCGGAGCUGCGCGGCGCUCCAGGCCGCCGGAGGAGUCGAGCCCGCGGGCUGGAAGGAGGUGAGCUGCCACACGCGCGCCAACGGCUACCUGUGCAAGUACCAGUUCGAGGGACUGUGCCCCGCGCCGCGCCCCGGCGCCGCCUCCAGCUUGAGUUACCGCGCACCCUUCCAGCUGUCUAGCGCGGCGCUGGGCUUCAGCCCCCCCGGGACCCAGGUGAGUGCGCGCUGCCCUGGGCAGCAAUGGGUCACUGCCACCUGCAUCGCGGACCAGGUCGGCGCUCGCUGGGACGGGAUUCCCUCGGGGGCCGUGCUCUGUCCCUGCCCAGGAAGGUACCUCCGUGCAGGCAGAUGCGCAGAGCUUGCUAAUUGCCUAGACGACUUGGAAGGCUUUGUCUGCGAGUGUGCUGCGGGCUUCCAGCUGGAGAAGGACGGACGCUCCUGUGUAACCAAGGGAGAAGGACAGCCGGACCCUGCGGGGACCAAGGCGCCCGCCAGGCACCAGCUGGCCACCGCAGCCAGCCCCGUGCCCAGGAGAACAGGGUCACCGAGGGUCCCUGAGAAACCAGGAGAGAUACCCCACGUCCCUGCACGAGGCAGUUCCGCAACAUAUAUUUCCGAGAUUCCUGGGUGGGGAGCACAAAGCACGACGCCCACCCUUCGAAUGUCCCCUCGAGCCAACUCCAAGGCCACCAUCACUUCUUCAGGAAGCGUGAUUCCCAAGGCCAAGUCCACGUCUUCCUCUGACAUUCCCCGGGCCUUGGACUCCUCCUCCACCGUGGUUUUCAUACUUGUGAGCAUAGCUGUAGUAGUGUUGGUGAUCCUGACCAUGACAGUGCUGGGGCUUUUCAAACUCUGCUUUCACAGAAGCCCUUCCUCUGGGCCGAGAAAGGGGCCUUUGGCCCCUCGGGGCGUGGAGAGCGCUGCGGCGGCCUCGGCUCCCCGCCCCAGCUCCGCGCACCCCGCAGACCGCGGGGCGAAGGCCUGCGGGACCGAGCAGGGGGCGCCUCGCUGACUGGGUCCUGUCUGACUCCGGAGACACGUAGCACUUCUUGUGAGCAGUUUACCCUUUCAAUAAAAAGGGAAAGGAAGAGGAGCUCCUCUGUGGAAGGACGAUUUCUACAGAAGUCCCCUCCCCCUAAACUCCCUCUCGUCGGGGGAGGAGCCGCAUCCGACGGGGAUGCUCCUUUCCUAAGGUGAAGAAGUGAAAGUGCCUGAGGGGCCAGGAGUCUACUGGGGAGAGGUGUUUUCUUGUGUUUAUCCUGGGGGAGUUGAAGAAGUGAUGGAAUGUUUUAAGAUAUUGGAAGCACAUAAGAAAACAAUACAAUAUUUUAUAUUUUAUUUUUUACUACAGUGGAAAGAAAAACUGCUUACGUUGUUCAGACGGGAGUAUAUUGGUUUAAAUUCCCAGGCAAAAUAAUAAAGGAUCGUUGAUAACCCAGA